GCGCCGCCGCCUACGGCUAAGUAAGAGCGGGGGCGCGCCCGGUCGGCUUGAGGAGCGCAGGCAUGGCUAUGGCUGCGCUGAGUGCGGUGGUUCCUGGGCUGGCAGUGUGAUCUCCCCCCGCCGGGCACAGCAUGGAGGACGUCAAGCUGGAGUUUCCCGCCCUGCCGCAGUGCAAGGACGACCAGGAGGACUGGAGCUACCCUAUGAGACGGGAAAUGCAGGAAAUUCUACCUGGCCUGUUUUUGGGUCCAUAUUCUGCAGCAAUGAAAAGCAAGCUCCCGAUCCUUCAGAAAUAUGGAAUAACGCAUAUAGUCUGCAUAAGACAAAGUAUCGAAGCAAACUUUAUCAAACCAAACUUUCAGAAUUUAUUUAGAUAUUUAGUGCUGGAUAUUGCAGACAACCCAAUUGAAAACAUUAUACGUUUUUUUGCUAUGUCAAAGGAAUUCCUUGACGGGUGUUUACAGAGUGGAGGAAAAGUUCUUAUCCAUGGCAAUGCAGGGAUCUCCAGGAGUGCUGCCUUGGUUAUUGCCUAUAUUAUGGAAACUUUUGGUAUAAAAUACAGGGAUGCAUUUACAUAUGUGCAAGAAAGAAGGUUCUGCAUUAAUCCCAAUGCUGGAUUUGUUCACCAACUUCAGGAAUAUGAAGCCAUCUAUCUAGCAAAAUUAACCAUUAAAAUGAUGUCGCCUCUGCAAUUAGGAAGGAACUUCUCUAUACAAUCUGGUGCUACAGGAGGCCUGAAAAGGACACAUGAAGAGGAGGAUGAAUUUGGAAACAUGCAGGUGUCGGCAGGUCAUGAUGCAUAAACCCAAAAGACACUCGCUACACAAUUGACUCGUUUGGGCCAUGUUCUUGUCCAGGUGCUGCUAUUGUGCUUUAAUCAGACAAUAAUAGGACUUGUCCAUGGAUAAGCAGAUGGCACUGAUUGUUUUACUGCUUUUUACACAGCUGUUUUACUAAAGAAGAAAAGUUUUUCGUUUGGACGUGCAACUUGGUAUUACUGCAAUAACGCACUUUUCAUACUUGAAUUUUUUUUUUUCUUUUCUUUUUCUAUAAAAAAAAAUGCAAUGCAACUGAUGGGAGGGAAACCUGUUUCUAUGAAGUUUAAUUUAUAAGGAAAAAAAAAUUUAAGGCUUUAGUAUUAAAAAUGUUUGCUAGACUUGCAUUUUUUUGUAAAUACAUUUUUAUAGGUUUAGAAGUAAAAUUUUUAAACUAACCGGAUUCUAUACAAUAAAAAAAAAAAAAUAAAAAAAUAUGCUACUUGCUCAUUGGGGGGGGUCAGAUUGUAUACUAUUGAAUAACCUUCUGUAUCAAAGUUCUUUUUAUUAUGCGGUUUCUAUUGUGGCGUUGGCCUAAAGAUUGUUCCUAACCGAUUUGUUCCGAUGUUUUUCAAAUAAACAGACAGUAAAAUAAUAA